UUCAAAGAGAGGCACACGGAUUACAUCACGGUCCGUGGCGAGGAUAUAACUGGAGGUGGCGCGUGACGCUCAGCGCUUUUCUGCAGCGGGAGCAUCAUCACCAACAUCAUCAUCAUCAUCUUCACCACCACCACCACCACCAUCAUCAUCGUCAUCAUGUGGAGCUCGAGGAGGAGACACGCGAGCUUCUUCACGCUCUGUAUCCACGCCAUCAUCGUCACGCGCAGAUUCCCCUGAUGCUGCUUUUCUUUUUAUCACAAACAUCGUUGUUUUUAUUCUAAUUCUUUUUAUUAUUCUAAUUUUUAUUCCAUUUUACGGACUUUCAUGAUGGGAUUUUGCGCUGUUUGAAGAACGCAGCACGUUUUGGAUACGGCCCGUGCGUAAUUGCGCACAAGAACGCAGCGCUUUCCCUCCCCGCACCUCUCGUGUCUCCGUGUGUGUGUGCGUGUGAGAAGCUGCGCCGUGCGCCAUGGAUCAGCGUCCGCGGCGCGCGCUCGUGUCUCUGCCGCCGCUGCUGCUGCUGCUGUCCCUCGGACUUCUCGUGGACACGGGGACGUGUCAGCACUACUACCUUCUCCGCCCGAUCCCGAGCGACAGUCUGCCGCUGGUGGAGCUAAAAGAGGACCCGGACCCCGUCUUCGACCCCAAGGAGCGGGACCUGAACGAGACGGAGCUGAAGAGCUUGCUGGGGGACUUUGACAGCCACUUUCUGUCCGUGUCCGCGCCAGUGGAGGACAGAUACACCGGCAACGACGAGCUCGACGACCUGGACGUUCAGAAACCGGGCGGGGUUCUGCCCAAGGAGAUCCGCGCUCUGGACUUCGACGUGCAGUUCGGCAAGAAGCACAAGCCGAGUAAGAAACUGAAGCGGCGGCUGCAGCAGUGGCUGUGGGCGUACUCCUUCUGCCCCGUGGUUUACACCUGGACCGACCUGGGCAACAGGUUCUGGCCGCGGUUCGUGCGCGUGGGCAGCUGCCUCAGCAAGAGGUCGUGCUCUGUGCCGGAGGGGAUGGUGUGCAAGCCCGCGAGCUCGACCCACCUGACGAUACUGAGGUGGAGAUGCGUGCAGAGGAAAGGUGGACUCAAGUGCGCGUGGAUACCCGUGCAGUACCCGAUCAUCACGGACUGUAAAUGCUCCUGUUCCAGUUAAAAAACAAACAAAAACAAAUAAAUUAUAAGCUCAUGUUUUGUUGAUUCGUUUCCCACGUGCACUACCGAGUGUAGGAAUGUAUUUUCUGUAUAUGCGGUGCCACGCAGUUAUAUAUAUAUAAAUAUAUAACUCCCUGUACAAAGUCAGUAUUAUGUGUAACCAAGAGUCUACUUUAUUUGUGGAGAAUAUUUGGUUUUAUAUAUAUAUAUAUAUAUAUAUAUAUAUAUAUAUAUAU